UAUCCAUUCGCUUUUUCGCCAAAUGUUGGUUUGACUUUUUACUGAUAUUGAUCUUAUGUUUGAUACUUAAAUAAAUGAUAAAAAAAAUACAUAUUGACAAUAUAAUUUUUAUUUAAUAUUUAUGAAAAAAAAACAACAACAGCUUUUCACUUUUACAAAAAGUUAUUUAAAAAGUACGCGUUACAACUUAUUUACUGCACGUGUUGUCAAAAAAUGGCUACAAAAUUUACAGAUUUAGGUCUUCAUGAAUGGUUAAACAAACAAUGUCUAGAAAUGGGCAUUUCCAAACCAACUGAAAUUCAAGUUAGUUGCAUUCCAGAAAUUCUUUCAGGGAGAGAUUGCAUUGGAUCUGCAAAAACUGGAAGCGGUAAGACCGCAGCGUUUGCUCUUCCAAUCAUUCAAAAACUUUCAGAGGACCCUUAUGGGAUUUUCGCUCUUAUACUGACUCCAACUAGGGAGCUUGCUAUUCAGAUCGCAGACCAAUUUAAAGCACUUGGAAAAUCGAUUGGUCUCAACGAUGCAGUUAUAAUUGGUGGUCUUGAUAUGGUUAAACAAGGAAUGGAACUAAGCAACCAACCUCACGUUGUAAUUGCAACUCCAGGAAGAUUAGCUUCACAUAUAACGAGUGGAACAAAGUUUUCAUUGAAUAAAAUUAAAUUUUUAGUCCUUGACGAAGCUGAUCGAUUGUUAGAAAAAAGUUUCGAAAAUGAUCUUGAGGUGAUUUUUGAUAACAUUGCCAAAAAGAGACAGACUUUACUUUUCAGUGCAACAAUCACUGAUGCAAUUAAUCAUUUGAAGGAAGUUGCACAUAAUCCAUUUUGUUAUGAGGUUAAAUCUGAUUUUGCUACUGUAACAGAGCUAGAUCAAAGAUAUCUACUUAUACCAUCUCAAGUAAAAGACUGUUAUUUAGUGCAUUUGCUUCAAAAUUUUUCCGAAAAAUCUGUUAUAAUAUUUACUCAAACAUGUCGAAGUUGUCAGGUUAUAUCAUUUAUGUUACGAAAAGUAGAAUUUAAAUGUGCUGGACUUCAUUCUGUAAUGUCUCAGAGAGAGAGACUUUCAUCUUUAGGACGCUUUCGUUCCGGACACGUUAAAAUACUUGUUGCUACUGACGUAGCUAGUCGCGGAUUAGAUAUUCCGCUUGUUCAACUUGUGAUAAAUUAUAACGUACCUGCUUCACCUAAAGACUAUGUUCAUAGAGUAGGUCGAACUGCUCGUGCUGGAAGAGGGGGAAUGUCUCUAACCCUUUUAACUCAAUUCGAUAUCGAUAGACUCAAAGCUAUUGAAACCUUUAUCGGUUUGAAGAUGAAAGAAUUUGAAACAAAUGAAGAUGAUGCUGUCAAACUUUUGAAGCCUAUAUCAAUUAUAAGAAGAGAAGUAGAAAUUAGAUUGAAUGAUGCAAAUUUUGGAGAGAAAAAGAAAAAUAAUAAAAGAAAAUUAGGUUUAUUAAACUCAAACAGUAAGCCGAAAUUGUUCAAUAAAAAAAAGAUAACUGAUGUAACCUAAAAAGCAAGUCUGUUAUAGUUAAAUUUUAAA